AUGGCGGCGCCGCUGCGGCUGGCGGCGCUGGGCGCCAUGUUGGCGGCGGCCCGGGCCGCGCCGCCGCCGCCGGUGCGGGCCGGCGCGGCGGACGCGCGGCAGGAGGCGGCGGUGCGGGCGCUGGCGCGGCGCGUGCUGGGCGCGCGGGCCGCCGCCGCCAUUGCGCUGUCGGUGGACGGCUCGCUGGCGGCCGGCGGGCGGGACGCCUACCGGCUGCGCUCGCCGCCCGGCGCCGCCGUGGCCGUGGCCGUGGCCGUGGCCGGCUCCAGCGGCGUGGCGGCCGCCGCCGGCCUCCACCGCUACCUGCGCGACUUCUGCGGCUGCCACCUCUCCUGGUCCGGGGCGCAGCUCCGCCUGCCCGACCCGCUACCGCGGGUGCCCGCCGAGAUCCGCGCCAGCAGCCCCGGCAGGUUCCGCUACUACCAGAACGUCUGCACCCAGAGCUACUCCUACGUCUGGUGGGACUGGGCGCGCUGGGAGGAGGAGAUCGACUGGAUGGCCCUCAGCGGCAUCAACCUGGCGCUGGCCUUCGUGGGGCAGGAGGCCAUCUGGCAGCGGGUGUACCUCUCCUUGGGCCUGAACCAGUCGGAGAUAGAUGAGUACUUCACGGGGCCGGCGUUCCUGGCGUGGAACCGGAUGGGAAACCUCCACAGCUGGGCAGGGCCAUUGCCGCAGGCCUGGCACCUCAAACAGCUUUAUGUGCAGUACAGGGUCCUGGAGAGGAUGCGCUCGCUGGGGAUGAUCACGGUGCUGCCGGCCUUUGCAGGCCAUGUGCCCCAGGGUGUCCUCAGGGUUUUCCCACGUGUGAAUGCCACUCGCCUCGGGGGCUGGAGCCACUUUGACUGUACAUACUCAUGUACCUACUUGCUGGACCCUGAGGACCCCAUGUUCCAGGUCAUCGGGACCCUGUUCCUGAAGGAGCUGAUCAAGGAGUUUGGCACAGACCACAUCUACAGCGCUGACACCUUCAAUGAGAUGAACCCACUGUCCUCCGACCCCGCGUACCUCUCCAGGGUCAGCAAUGCUGUCUUCAGGUCCAUGACCGGAGCUGACCCCGAGGCGCUGUGGCUGAUGCAGGGCUGGCUCUUCCAACACCAGCCGGACUUCUGGCAGCCGGCACAGGUGCGGGCCCUGCUGCACGGCGUGCCCCUCGGCAGGAUGAUCGUUCUCGACCUCUUCGCAGAGUCCAAGCCUGUGUACCAGUGGACAGAGUCCUUCUAUGGGCAGCCCUUCAUCUGGUGCAUGCUGCACAACUUCGGUGGCAACCACGGCCUCUUCGGCACCGUGGAGGCUAUCAACCACGGCCCUUUUGCAGCUCGGCGCUUCCCCAACUCCACCAUGGUGGGCACUGGGCUGGCGCCUGAGGGCAUUGAACAGAAUGACAUAGUGUACGAACUGAUGAAUGAACUGGGCUGGCGCCACGAGCCCCUUGACCUCCCGAGCUGGGUCGCCCGCUAUGCCGAGCGCCGCUAUGGUGCCCCGAACGCUGCGGCGGCCGGUGCCUGGCAGCUGCUCCUCCGCAGUGUGUACAACUGCACGGGCGUCUGUGUCAACCAUAACCACAGCCCGCUGGUGCGCCGGCCCUCCCUGCACAUGGACACCGAGGUCUGGUACAACAAGAGCGACGUGUACGAAGCGUGGCGCCUGCUGCUGAGCGCUGGCGUGGAGCUGGGCUCCAGCCCCACCUUCAGGUAUGACCUGGUGGAUGUCACGCGGCAGGCGGCUCAGCAGCUGGUGAGCGACUACUACCUGAGCAUCCGGCAGGCCUUCCAGAGCCACUCGCUGCCGGACCUGCUCACGGCUGGCGGUGUCCUGGUCUACGACCUGCUCCCGGAGCUCAACAGCCUCCUGUCCAGCCACAGCCUCUUCCUGCUGGGCCGGUGGCUGGAGAGUGCCCGUGCCGUGGCCACCAGCGACAGGGAGGCCGAGCAGUAUGAGCUGAAUGCCCGGAACCAGGUGACGCUGUGGGGGCCCAACGGCAACAUCCUGGAUUAUGCCAACAAGCAGCUGGGGGGGCUGGUGCUGGACUACUAUGGGGUACGUUGGAGCCUCUUCGUCUCAGCCCUUGUGGAGAGCCUCAAUUCAGGCAGCCCCUUCCACCAGGACCAGUUCAACCAGGCCGUCUUCCAGGUAGAGAGAGGCUUCAUCUACAACAAGAAGCGCUACCCCUCAGUGCCUGUUGGGGACACGCUGGAGAUCUCCAAGAAGAUAUUCCUCAAAUACUACCCUAGUGCCAUGAGACGUGGCUAGGCCGAACCAGCGUGAGUGGAGGCCGUAUCUCUGGAGCCUCCCCCAGGAGAGGGGCAGGGACCCCGUGUCCUCAUGUGCCAAGGCUCCCGCAGCCCAUUGCCUGAUCUGUGCGUCCUGGCGACGCUGGAAUGAAGGCCAAGAGCCCCGGUGGCCCCCAGCAAGGCUACCCCAGGCUGUUUCCUCCGCAUGGACAGGAUGAGCCCCCAGAGGGGGCUGGUGGCCAGCUGUGGGGCAGGAUGUGCCCCAGGGACCAGUCCUGUUUGGUGCUGUGCACCCCUCUGCCAGAGCUGCCUGGCUGCCCCAAGUCUACCCUGGCAAGGAGGGGUAAAGCUGGUUCCCCCCCAAAACAACAGAGCCCAGAGGCACUGGCAUGGGAGAAGGGCUGUACCGCCUCGGCUCUCCUGGAUAGAUACUGGACAAGAGCUGGGACUGGACAGAUGGACGGAGGGGCAUGGCAGUCCACAUGUGUCUCCACCGCGGGGCUCCCGGCUUGCUGCCACCAGGCGUAGCAGCAGUGGGAGGUGAGCAGAGCCGGCCUGUGUCCGGAGGGGAGGCAGGGACCUGGCUUUGCCCCGCAGGGUGGUCCUGCCCCCGCAGCUUGAGCCCCGCUGGCGCUUUGCCCUGCGGUGCCUUGCAGGGCCUUCCCUGUGCUCGCGGCUGCUGGGAGCUGUGCUGCAAUUGCUGGGCCGGUGGGACCCUUGGGGACAUCGGGCUAGCCUCCUGCUGCAUUUUGUGCCUUUUGUACAGAAGGAAACAGAGACUUUACAGACUUUUUUUAAAAAAAAAAAAGCCCCGGGGCUCUACUCCUCAGGCCAGGGCUUUUCUGUGCCUUUUCCCACUGGGGACUCGGGCAGAGGCUGCACGUUGGCAUGCCUGCCCAGGAGAGCGGCCAGCGGCAGGUCCUCGCGGGCAGCGCUCCUGCAUCUCCAGCCUGCAGAGCAAUUAAAGGCCUGGGCACUGAA